AUGAUGCAACCUCGCAUGCUCUCGCGAGAGGAAGAAGGCCUCGGUGGCAGCGACGAGAAUGAAGUUCGCCGCGAGGAUCAAGAGAAGAUCAAUCGAUUCAGCCGAUUGCACCAGCGUGAAGCCACACUAGAGGAUCAGCUCAAGGCCAAGCAGAAGGACAAGGAAGACUUGGAGGAAAUCUCCAUGGAACUCGAACUAGCCGAUGAAGAUGAACUCGUCCCCUACAAAAUCGGAGACUCCUUCUUCCAGCUUCCUCUCGCAGAUGCCCAGUCCAUGCUCACCACAUCCACAGAGCAGAUUGACACCGACGUCUCCAAGCUUGAGGAUUCCAUGGGUGAGAUCCGCGAGGAAAUGCAGCAACUCAAGGUUGCCUUGUAUGCGCGAUUCGGACGCAGUAUCAACCUGGAGACCUAA